AUGUCAAACCAAUAUGACAUAUUUGUGUCAACUUUGAACUGUGGGAAGCUUUUACCAUUUGGACAACCUAGCGAGCUGGAAAAGGUUUUAGAAUUACUGUUGCCAGCAGACAAAGACCAUGACAUUUACGCCCUUGGCUUUCAAGAGCUCGUCGCAAUUUGGGAAGGUUCUUUCCCUCAGCUAGUGGAAUCGAACUUGAAGCUUGUAUCCGACAUAUGUUACAAAUGUUUACAAAAACGCCAAGGCAACCGCAAUUAUGAGUUGGUAUCCAGUCAUAAUUCAGGAGCCCUUGGGGUAGUUAUUUUCGCUGAUAAAAAGUUCAAAUUUUCGAAUAUCUUCAAAGCCUCUGUGAGAUGUGGCUUAUUCUACUCAAGCUUGAAGGGUGCUGCAGCAAUAAAGUUCACUGUAACCAACGAGGAAAGCACCCUUACCGAUACCUUCAUCUUCAUUGAUGCACACCUUGCUGCUAACGAGGGAGAAGUCAACCGCCUCAGAAGAAUUGCCGACUGGGGUACUAUCUUUGGACGUGUGCAGCAAGAAUUUGGCCAUUUCGAAGGAAAUCAUGUUUUUUUCUUGGGUGACCUGAAUUUUAGAAUCAGUAACUGGAAGGGAACUGACACUAACUACACUUCUAACGAAGCUAUUAAGGAACUGUUAGCUAAAUACGAUGAAUUGAGCUUGUCUAUACAAUCUGGAAGCAUUCUCUCUGGUUUUGAAGAGGCUGAAAUCAAUUUUCCUCCCACUUACAAGUUUCUGUUAACGACACCUCAAGAGCAAUACGAUUUAAGGCGUCUACCUUCAUGGUGUGACCGAAUUCUUUUCCAGAGCUACAGCGAACCUGUUAAAGUUAACCUUUACAGGUCUGUUCAAAGGUCAGAGGCGUUACAGUUUACUGAUCACCUUCCAGUGUUGCUAAACGUCGUCGCCCCGCACAUUUCAGAUGCAAAUUCUACUGGUACACGCUCCUUGUUGUCUCAUACGAAUAGUUCACAAUCUAUUGGAAGUUUUUCCGACUUCAUUAUUGGACAUUUUGGAUGGCUGUAUGCUUCUUAUGGGCCUUAUAUUGUUGGUGCUACGAUUCUAUUGAGCUUAUGGCUGAUCUUCGAAAUCUUCACGUGA